UCAGUUUGGCCACACCGACUUGUGCGUCUAUUUUGGUAUCUUCUGUGCUCGCUAUCAGGAGCCUGGCCACACCAGUGCAUUUGAACAUGGAUCUGAGUACUUGACUUGCUGCGGUGAGUUUUCUUUGUUUCUUCAGCUUCAACAGAAAAAGUUUGUUUACCAUGAAUGACAACCUCAGCAGGUGGUACUGCACUGGAUUCUUGGAUUCUACAUUGAGGAUUUGUGUUUGAUACCAGAGUCUAGAUUGGACCCUUAUACUCAGCAUGAAAGACGCAUCAACAAGGAAGUUUUCAUAUUCCACCACUUCAACGACAUCAGCCUGAGCUAGAAGAAAAUCAAAGGACCUACAGAGCUGCAGAAGCUGUAGAGGAAGCAAGACUGGUGAUGCACAAGACAGAAAGACUCCUGUUGACAUCAUGAGCUGUGUGGAAAAGCGACACAUGAGCCAUCGGGUGGGGAGCAUGCUUCACCAUCGCUUCCCCAAUGGCUUCACCGACUUGUUCAUGGACGAGACUGAUCGGGAGGUCAGCACACUCACUGACAGAGCCUUCCGAAGUCUCUGCAUUGGAGAUGACGCAGUAUAUAACGAUGAGUUCUUGUAUGGAUACUCACCUUUCAGCUGCCUAAAACCCUUGGUGGGGGAGCCUCUUAAAAAGACUCAUCUUAAGGAAUCUAAAAAGCAAGGGCAAAACAAAAAUGACAAAAAUGAUGCCCGGCCAAAGAAACAGCAGCAACAGAAGAAUAUAUCCCACAUGUCGUCUUUCCUCAAGGCAUUAAGUGCCACAGAGGAAACCUGUGAGGGGAUGUUAAUCAGAAAUGGAGGUAUGACAGACUCUAAUGGGGAAUCAUGGGAUAAGUCAGCACUUCGCAGCAUCCAAAGAGAGCUAUCUGAAUUCUCCUCGGGUUAUCAAACCAAUCUCAGAGAUGGACAUUAUAAGAACCAUCAUCGACAUCAGUCUGGUGACGGUUCAUCAAACAAAUCAGGCAAGGAUGUUUCCCUUCCCUCAGGAAAAUCCUCAAAGAUCAAAAAUGGGAAAUCCACUGUCAAACUAAGGAAACUUAACAUCAAAAACUUUUUCCUCCACAGUGAGUUUAGCCCUUUCCAAACAUGGAAAGAUUUUAACCAGUUCCCAUUUGGCCAAGAAGAGACAGUCACAUCUAUUCUUCCCACAGAUAAUAUCCCUAAAUGGUAUGACUUGCCAUUUUACAAGGAGCUGACAGAGGCACACAGAAAAGAGACUCUGCACACAAAGGAGGAACAGUCAUGCCAGAAAGCAGCCAUUGAGCCCCCUCCUCCCACUGCUCCUAAACCCAUCCCUCCCCCUCCUCCACCUAAGGUCCUGCCAAAGCCCUCAGCCACUAUAGCUGAGAAGAGGUGCUCAUCGGAUGGAGGGGAUGGGAUUGUUGCCCCCUGGAGGCGCAACAGGUCCAGGGCAAAAAGUGCUGUUCCAGUCAAUCAGCCUGGGAUACCAAGUCAGGACAGUUAUUCAAAGACAGUGGAUGAAAGUCUUUUGACGGUCAAAAAGGAAGCUAGAUCUGUGGAGGUAAAAGCAAUUGAGGAAGUCAGCUCUUUGGCCUCUACUCCGUUCAGUAUCUGUCAGCUGAUGACUCCCAUCAUUCCCUCCAGACAACCAACAGAAACAUCAGAAAUACUCCAAGCAGUAUUCUCACCCUCUGCCCUUGACCUUCCACUUAGAACACACUCUGAGGCCAAAGUGGGCCCUGAGCCUCCAGUCAAGCGGGACAGCUACAAAUCAAUUGCCUCUAGCAUCCUCUUCAACCUCAAAGACAACAGGAAAAGGGUUAAAAGCCGUUACAGCCCACCUAAAUUCAAAACUUUAGAGUUGCCUGAGCAUGGCAUCCAAUCUCCACAAUCAGAUCAUUUGAAACAUCCACUAGCUGGCUCUGAGGGCAAUGCAUCUGGCUUAAGCACUCCUGCCGUUUUCAAAGAUGGACACACAGUUAGCAGUCCUAUCUUGGAACCUGCUGGUACCCCAACUGUUGGUCUUACAAAGAAUGAUACUGACAGGCCUCUGUCGGAUGAUUAUUUGUUAUCAAAUCUACUGCAAAACAAAAGGGAAGCUGCCGGUAGCAGUGGUUUUGUUGAGGAGAAUCCCAUCUCCCCCUUUACACAGUCAAAAAAGAACAAGAGCCCUAUGGCUAAAAAGCAAAACUAUCCCUCUCUGAAUUUGUACAAGAAAGCCAGCCCUGUUGACAGCGAUAUGAAAUAUCCUCAAGUCCCUCUGAGCAGCGGCGCCUCUGUGCACAUAGACCAACCAACUGAGACAAAUGAACUUUCACCACUCAUGCUAAACAAAGAACUCUCCCCAAAAGCACUGCCAACAAACGCAGGGCUUUCACCAAAAACUUCAAAUGUCAACAAAGAAUGUUCACCCAUAAUUUCACCCGAUGCAAUUGAGAACGCGAGUUUGCCAUCAAAUAUAUUGGUGGGGAAAAGACAAUCAAAUGUACCAGACAAAGCAAAACAGCCAGUGAAAGACACAGAGGAAAAAGCCUACCUGCACCCUGGUUAUAAGGAAAAAGAAACUAGUGGUCAAACCAUGAGUACAAUGGAUGUGAUCAGAGCAGCAAGAGAAGCAAUUAAUGCAGCAAAAAAUAAAGCUCUAUCUGCAGCUCAGUCAGAAAGCAUCAAUAACCCAAUUUCACACACAGGAGAAAUGAAGGAGAAAGAAAUAGAUGAGAAGGUUGCCUAUUCAAGGGAAAAGUUUAGCAGCAAGAGGGACAGUUCAGUACCUGAAAACAACAAUGUUUUAUCUCAAAGUAGAAAUGAAUCAUCUGGUGUAGCACUGACUGGCAAAAAUAGUCAUGUCAAGAAAGAGCCUCCGCCAGUUCCAAAGAAAAAUUUUGCAAAAUCUGAUAUUGAAUUCAUUCUUGACAAACAGCAAACGAAACCAAAACUAAAUGUUGACAAAUCCAGUAAUGGUGAUUUGGGGGAUGCAAAACUAGAUUUACCACCAAAAGAAAAUCAAUCUGUCUCAAAACAAGGGAAGAUCAAUCAUAUUUUCUCAGCCAGACAGAACAAUUAUAUAAAACAUCAGAGAUAUACAGUGACGGAUGAUGAACAACUGGAGGAAUAUGAGGAAGGUGAUCCGAAUGUGACCACAAGAAUGGAGACAGAUGAAGAGAUGAUGGCAGUAAGAGAAAUAAGAGAUAGUGAGCAUAUAAUUAACGAUUUGCAUGCUUUGAAAGAGCUGGAGAGAGCAAGGCUGGGUGAUUGUAUUCUUGAGAAUGCAAAGAGCAAAUUAGGGGCUAUUAACAUAGAUGUGGAGGCCAGGGCUAAGAAUGAUUUGAUCUCAAGGGAGCUUCGGAAUAUAAAGAAGGGCAUGCUCUCUAUGAGAGGGAACACAUCGGCUAAGAGAGAACUAUUUGCAAAGAAAGAGAAGGAACAGCGAAAACAGGAAGCUUUCACAAAGGUAAACAAUAAUGUCAUACUAAACAAGGCACUUAUAAAUGACAAUUACGACAAAGCCAAAAUGGCACUUGAAGAGAUCAUAUCAGAGAGGCAGAAGAGAAGGAAUAAGUUCACAGAACAAGAUGCAAAUCCAAUAUUUGAUGAGAACACUAGUGAUGAAAGUUAUGUAACAAUGGUACAGCAACGUAAAAAAACUAUGAAAGAUUCUAUGAUAGAGGGCAGAGAAAGACAAAAUGGCACCACUUCCACAUUAAAAGAGAAAGAGAAAGAACUAAAAGAGACGUUAGGUGAUCUGAGAGACCACAAUCACAUGAGGCAGAUUCUGUCACAAACUGAACCUAGACUUGGUGAGAAUCACAGAUCGGGUGGUAGGAUAGCUCUACCGGUCAUGGACAAGGUUGGCAAUGAGCUAGAGGCACUCCUAGAAACUAAAGCCAAACAUGUUAAUGAUAAACUAAAUCAUGAUCCUAGCUAUGAAUCAGAGGAGGUGAAUGCCAGACAUGUAGCAAGACGGGUGUCUGAAGACAGCGGAGAAAAUCUGAUUAUUGAAAAUGGAAGCAAAAAGUUAGAUGCUCCACCUGUUCCUCCUAGGAGCAAAAAAGGAGGCAACAGAAGAGAUGGGAGUGUUACUAAAGAAAUAGAUAGUUUGAAGGAUGCAGCAGAUGAGGAUGUCUUUGACAAAGAUGGGAAAUAUGAAAAUGGUGAAGUACGCUUAAAUGAGAUGAGGAGAACAGGCACAGGUAAACAAGAAGUAGACAGUGACCUGUUCACAAAAGAAGCUGUGCCCCGUAAAAGUGAAACCGCUUCUGAUAGAGAGAUGUGGGAUGUAGUAAAUGAUGCAAAUUCAAAAUCCGUUACUUCGAUUGAUGCAGUUAAAUGUGAGCCCAUCUUACCUUCAGAUUACCCACAGUCUGAAAAUGGAUUGUAUUUAUCACCAAAGUUCAGGCGAGAUGAAAAUGAGGCAAACAACUUGCAGCCAGAUGUGAGCUCCACAAGGGAAGCCACAUUUGAAAACAGCAAUGCUAAGGCACAGGAAAGGUGCAAGAUAAAGCGAAAGGCCCCUGUAAAACCAGACAAUUUAAUCAUACCAGUUGACAAUGUAACAAAGAAUCUAACAGAGGGUAGAACAGAGGAUGAACCUGAAAAAAUAAAUAGACCUACUGAGGAAAUAAAUGUGGAUGCAAAAGCUGUCAGUGAAAAGCCCAGAAACAUAAUAUCACCCUUACCACUUGUAAAUAGUAUUAACGUCAAUCAGAACCCACCUGAUCAAGCGAGCUUUUCCUCAAAAUCUUUCUACUUCUCUGUCGAGAAUGCACUGCACAGAAAUUCUGAGACUGAGUCAAAUGUUUACCACUCACUGGAGAACUUGGUUGGAGAGGUGGAGGAGGUUGAUGAGAGAAUGCAGAAUGUAUCACGAAACAUAAAACGGGAUUCGGACAGAACUGAAGUGGAAUAUUACUCUUUAAGUGAUCAUGAAAGUGAGCCAGAUGUUGUAAAGCGACCGAUAACAUCUCCUCAGAAAGAGACAGAAGUAUCAUACAAUGACAGCAAAGAAAGAGAAAAUACCACUACAGACCAAAGCUUAACUCAUGAUAAAAAUAAUCAGACCCCACUGUCACCCUCUAACACUUUAUCUCCAUCUUCGGGGAUCCCUGCCUUAUUUAAAGUCAAGGACAACACUUUCAGUAUUAAGUUGAAAAAGACUGCACAACCUUGGUCACCAAGAGGGAGUCUGAGUGGUUCAGAGAGGGGAGAGGAGGAGUUACAUCAAGUAAAGGAAAAUCCAGAGCUCCCACUGGAUUGUGGAACUACCACCAGUGGUAGCACCUUAAUUUCAGAAGAAAUCUUCAAACCUAAAGAGAUUUUAUCCAACCAAUCACCUCCCCUGCUGCUCUCGCCUUCAAAUUUACCAAAUGAAAACCCAAAGAAACCCCAAGCUGGACAGUUCCUCACUGUCCCACAGGAGGAAGACAGAUUUUCUGGAAUGAGUCCAUCAUCUGAAGGCGUGGAGAGCUUAACAACCAGCACAGCUGAUACAGCUGAUGAGAUGGGAAAGAACACAGGAGUGCCGGUAGAGUGUCAAGUGUCAAAGGUUCCCAGCGAAUGCUCGGGAUCCACCUGCAGUGGUAAUGAAAGCCAAAUGGGGCUACCCAAACCACCGACUGUCUUACCCAAAUCUGAAAAGGCUGUUCUCAAAGCCAUUAAACUGACAAAUAGAAGAAUGAAGAGGGAGGAGGCCCAGAAGUCCCCCCACAAGUCGUCUCAAAGCAGCAGCAAACACAGAGCAGAGAGACACAAGGGUGACAAAUCUGAGCAAAAAAGUAGCAGUAGCAGUAGGAAUAGCAAGAGCAGUGAGAAAAAACACAGAGAAAAAAGGGAAGACGGUGACUAUCAGAGUGAACGUCACUAUGGUAAAGUCAGCAAUGACAGAAAGGAGCAACUACUCCAUGAGAGAAGAGGCCACAACAGAGAAAACCAACACCAUCAGAGAGCGGAAAUGAGCCACAACACUCAGAGACAGAGCCACGAUUCGGUGGACAGUAAUAACAAGAGCAAAGAAGCGCUAUCCAGCGUUGCAAAAGAAAGGCAAGGUCGCAGCAGGCACAGACACAUUCGAGAUAACACAGAUAAAAGACAUUACAGCACGGACAGGGUCAUCAGUAAUGUACCUGUGUACAAAGCUCAUGUCGGCGAGAGACCCAAUUCAGUCAGGCCAUUCCACCGAUCGCAAAGCAUAGAUAGGUUCUUAGGAGAUAGAGUGGAACGGAGGCUUAGUGCCGAUAUGUCAGUGAAUGAGAAGUUUGAUCAGAGGACCCAGCGCAUUGAAAAAUCCACCGUGGAAGAGUUUCAACAGAGAGGCCGAGCCAGAGACAAGGUAAGCAGAGACAACCCAUUGAGAAGGAGUCACAGUAUUGAUGUGUACAGCACUGAAGUACCUCACCCUUCAACCCUGUCCCGCCAGUCAAGCCACACCAGCCAGCUUUCACGCCAAUCCAGCAUUGAGCACACCAUUGUUACACAGUCCUUCCCUAUGACCCAACGUAAGCUCCUUCAGGAUCCAGACUCAGGGCAGUAUUUCUUUGUAGACAUGCCCAUACAAGUCAAGACAAAAACCUUCAUUGAUCCCGAAACAGGAAGCUAUGUGCAGCUACCAGUCCAGCCACCAGAGGGUGCUAUUCCGCAGGCAUCCCCCAUGGAGGUCUUGACCCCACCUGUGGUUGUUUACCAUGGUUUUGUCCCAGUGCCUCUGUCCCCCAUGGCUCAGAAAGCUACCACCCAAGCUCCUCCUGUGGAGCCGGAGACGUUUGAGCAGAGAAACCUAGAAAGGUCAAGGCAAAUACACACAUGUAAGGAGGGACAUCCAUAUUUAGAGCCUGUCUAUGGUCAAGAUGAUCACAUGUUAGGGGAGUUUGUGGGCACUGAGGAGCUGGACUGACCAAGCUGAUAGGCCAAGAGGUUUGAAAGGAAAAAUCCACCCUCCUCAUAUGCUGUUUUGUAUCAUCAAAUUGUGGUGUUCAUUGCAUUCCAGGAAUUAUUUUGUGAUCAAGUGUUAAGUUUUUGUUUUGGUAUUCUCAUCUUCAACCUGCCUUAUCUACUUUUACUCCAGUUAGUGAUUUCCUACAUUUGCCACAAGGAUUUUAAGCAAGCAAAAAUAUUUCUUUGGUGGAUUUCUCCCCAUUCAACUGUUGAUUGUUUGUACAAGAUAGGGACUCCGGAAAGAAGCCCUCGGUCAUAUUAAAAUAUGCUUAUGCUGUUUAACAUCAUUGUGGCUGCAAUGGAGAUAUCUCAAUGUGAUGUUAUAUACACAAUAAGAAAAAUGCACCAAAAGCAACAAAAUGGACCCAGAAAUGCAAGGUACAUCGCCAAUACCUGUUAAACACUCUCCAGGUGUUUAAGGGCGGAUUUUUCCUUCAAGGUUAAGUGUUUUCACAAUACAGAUAUUCGAUUCUUGUUUUGGUUUACUUGCCUUAAACUUUCAUGAAACACAGAAGCUGUGUGGGCUUUGUGAAGCGUAUGAGGCCUCUAUUGUCUUUAUUAGAGGAAUGAGGAGAUAAUGAAUUUGUGGAUGAAUGAUAGUUGCUGUUGAAUGCUGUUGUUUGAAUGUGGGGUGUAAGAUAAUGUGCAGUUUUUGAGACACAUAAGGGACAUGGACGAUCCAUGUACAUAAUGUAUUUAAGUGUAAACAGAGGCUAAGUUGAAUGUAAAUGUGGAAUAUUUAUUGUAAAUGCUGAGUUUGUUAUAUUCAAUUUAAGUUGUAUUUGGGUCUCGACUACUUUUCAGGUACUGUUGCUCUUUGUUUUGUAACCUGCAAGUUUGUUGCCUUGACAUUCUUUUUCCACCAGACAGUUUCCAGUCACUUACAUUAUCAUUAGAGAUACCUGAAACAAAUAGAAUUCGUUCAGAAAAUUGUCUUUAAUUUGUUAAAUUUCAAAAUAUUUUGCAUGCUAGAGUUGAAAUUGCAGUUACACCUGUUGAAUACGUUUGAUACAACACAAAGUUCAUUUAUACGGCCUAAAAGCUUGAACUGGCAUUAUUUCAAUCAUUGUCUUUUUUGUUUGUUUUUUUUAAAAAAAAGCAGAGGACAUAAAGGAGACUUGGUUUUUGAAAGUUUGUUGCAUUUUCAUUUUCCUAAACUAGAAUAAAGCAGGGCUGUAUUGUGUCUGUGA